UCUUUCAGAAGUGGUAUAAAAUGUUAGGAGAUGCAAUCACACUCAUUCCAGAAGCCAGAGUAAUGGCUACUACUAUGACACAGAUUAAUAAGGUCUCCAGAUCUGCUUUCAAGUGUAGAGAUUUCAUCAGGAUGAGCCUUGAUGAUUACUUACAACGCAUUUAUCAAUAUUCAGAGUGUCAUGAGUCAUGCUUUGUCAUGGCCAUGAUCUUCAUUGAAAGGGUUCUACAGGAGUACUCUGCUAGCUCGAAGUCCCUCCCAUUCAAUGUAUAUACACUUUGCCUAGCAUCAAUGGUGCUUGCUAUCAAGCUUUCAGAGGACGACACUUGCAACAACGAGUUUUAUGCAAGACUGGGAGGCGUAUCUAACGACGAAAUGGUCGAACUUGAGCUUGAACUGCUAAAAUUAAUCAAAUUCGACAUUUUCAUCUCUAAGGAAGAGUUUACCUCUUACCAAAAAGAAAUGAUUUCGUACCAAUCUUAGUUUACGUUAGGAGUUCAUAAUCCUAACACUAAGAUAGACAUAAUCCGAAAAGUUUAAUUUUCAUU